AUGUCUGGGAAGCUUGAUAAGUCUCUCGAUGAGAUCCUCGUCAACCGUCGUCAGGGUGCUCGUCGUCGCAAUCGCCGUUCGGUUGCAUCAAAGCCUGCUGCAACUGCAGUUCCGGUUGGAGGAGUGAAAAAGACGACAAAGGCUGCGAAACCUGCUGGGAAGACCACCCAGGGUGGACACCCGGCCUCGACUGAGAGCAAGAUCAUGGUCAGCGGUUUGCCUUCCGAUGUGAAUGAGGCCAAUAUCAAGGAAUAUUUCUCUAAAUCCGCAGGUCCCGUCAAGCGAGUCAUGCUCACUUACAACCAAAACGGCACAAGCCGAGGCAUCGCAUCUAUUGUUUUCAGCAAACCCGACACAGCCGCCAAGGCCGCCAAGGAUCUGAAUGGACUGCUUGUUGACGGAAGACCGAUGAAGAUCGAGGUUGUCGUCGACGCAUCACAUGCCCCUGACGUUCCCGCACCCAAGCCUCUUGGUGAGCGUGUCGUACAGGUUAAGUCUCAGCCCAAACCGGCCACAGCUGCUAAACCCGCAGGUGCUGCUAAAGGACGUGGCGGCCGCCGUCGUCAAACUCGUAACCCCAACCGCCCUAAGCCCAAGACCGCCGAGGAGCUUGACGCCGAGAUGGUUGACUACUUUGCCGCCAACGAAAAUUCGGGCCCAGCUGAGGGCAAUGCUCCUGUGAACGGGGCCGCCCAGCAGCCCGCUAACGGUGGUGGCGAAGACCUUGGAAUGGCCGAAAUCUCUUAA